GCGCUUCGAGAAAAGGAAGAGGAUAGUUUAACCUUGAUGAUACUUGAUUGUCAUUUAAAAGUGCGGGGUCGGCAGGAAGCCUAUAAUCUGCGCAGGACCGUUGGGAAGCUCACGGCAGUUUCAACUCGAUUGCUGGAAAAGGAUCAUGGCGCUGGCCGAGUAUCUGUCCGAACCGCUGCUGAUUUCAACUCUUGCUUUGUUUCUGACUUGGUUGGCUCUGGACUGGUGGAGGAAGAACAGCAAGUUGCCCCCCGGCCCAUGGGGUUUGCCGAUUUUGGGUUACUGGCCUUUCAUUUCGAAGACUCAUACGCAAUUUAUGGAAAUGAGUAAAAAAUAUGGCAACGUCUUCAGUUUUCGUACCGCAGGCGGUAGGUUAAUAACUAUUUUGAACGGGCACAAAGUGAUAAAAGAAGUCUUGUUGAACAGAGGGGAAGAAUUUAUUGGCAGACCACAUGGGAUGAAUAUUGUUUCUUGGAUAUCUGACGGAAUAGGUAUAUCUCAGGAGGAGGCGCAACCUUGGAGUGAACAGAGGAAAUUUUUCAUGCAAACUGCAAAAAAUUUUGGAUUAGGAAAGCAAGAGUUCGAGUUCCAGAUUCAGGACGAAAUCAAGAUCCUCCUUCAAGAACUCAGAAAUCUCGAUGGCAAGCCGAACGACUUGUGCUUCCACCUGGCCUACACUUUCAACAGCAUCAUCAGCAAAGUCUUGUUCAACAGGAAGUUCGACAAGGAUGUGACAUUUAAAAGAAAUCUCAACAGUAUGAAUGAAAUGGUCCAUUUAUUUACUGGCGCUUUUCAUCUGCUGAUCGGAAUUCCAUUUCAUCUCUUUCUGUACAUUUUUGGAAAUAAAGAAAUGGUGAAAGGAAAGAAAGAUAUCUUGAAAUUUGUCGGCAGGGUCGUGGAUGAAAUCAAGCAAAGUUACGAUCCAAGUCACCCCAAAUGCUACGUUGAAGCUUACUUGCAGCAACAGGAAGAGUUAAAAAAGAAAGGCAGGCUCCAAGAAAGUUCGUUCACAGAGCAUAGACUGAAAGCCAAUGCAUACAACCUGUUCUUCGAGGGCACAGAGUCCGUCACCUCUACCAUCGGAAGCCUGCUGGUGGAGCUGAGCAAGCACCCGGAUGUGCAGAGGAAGGUGCAAGAAGAGCUGGAUAGCGUUGUCGGGCGAGAGAGACUCCCAUCUUGGACGGACAAGCAGAACCUACCUUACAUGGACGCAACUAUACAAGAACUUUACAGGAAGGCAGCGUUGUUUCUUGUUUUAACAAUGUACUCUAAUUUCAAGGAGACUACCAUUGAAGGUUACAGGAUUCCCAAAAGAAGCAUCGUCAUCGCCAACCUGUACAGCAUCCACUUCGACCCGAAACUCUUCCCGAAUCCUGACAAGUUCGAUCCCGGCAGAUUCCUCAACAGCGAGGGGAAGCGCAUCAAAGUGGAAGGAGGACCCUACCUGUUUGGAUUGGCCAUGGCUCUGGAUCAGGUUUUAUCCCAACCAUUACUGGUUGCUGUUUGUAUCCUGGUUCUGACUUUCUUUCUCCUGGACUGGUGGAAAAAGAACAGCAAGUUGCCUCCUGGACCAUGGGGUUUGCCGAUAUUAGGUUAUUACCCCUUUCUUACUGCCACUCACUUGGAUUUUACGAGGCUUAGUAAAAAAUAUGGCAACGUUUUCAGUUUUCGGACUGUUGGAGGGAGGUUAAUUGUUGUUCUGAAUGGUCACAAAACCAUCAGAGACAUUCUUAUCAAUAGAGCGGAAGAAUUUAUCGCAAGGCCACAUGGCACGAACUUAGUUUCUUGGAUGUCUGAUGGGAUAGGCGUUACACAAGAAGAAGGUCAGCCCUGGAGUGAGCAGAGAAGAUUUUUUCUGCAAACAGCAAAGAAUUUCGGAUUCGGGAAACAAGAAUUCGAGCACCAUAUUCAGGACGAAAUCAAGAUUCUCCUGCAAGAAUUGAGAAAUUUCGAUGGCAAGCCAAAUGACUUACGCUUUCAUCUGGCCUACACCUUCAAUAGUAUCAUCAGCAAAGUUUUGUUCAACAAGAAAUUCGAUAAGAACGUUACCUUUAAAAGGAACCUGGUCAGCAUGAAUCAAAUGGUUCAGAUAUUUACAGGUGUUCUUCACAUGCUCAUAGGAUUUCCAUUUUACUUCUUCACAAACUUUCUCGGAGAUAAAGAUAUUCCAAAAGGAAAAAAAGAAACACGAAAAUUUGUCGAUCAGGCUGUUGAUGAAGUCAAGCAAAACUAUGACCCAAGCUUUGUGAACAGCUACGUUGAUUGUUACUUGCAACAGAUGGACGAAUUAAAGAAAAAAGGGAAACUACAAGAGAGUUCCUUCACAGACGAGAGACUGAGGGCGAAUGCUUUCAACUUGUUCUUCGAGGGCACAGAAUCCGUGAGCUCCACUGUUGCUAAAUUAUUGGUGGAACUGAGCAGGCACCCGGAUGUACAGAUGAAGAUACAGGAAGAGCUGGACAGCAUCAUUGGAAGGGAGAGACUCCCAUCCUGGAUAGACAAACCGGAUCUGCCCUACCUGGACGCAACUAUACAAGAGUUGUCCCGUAUAGCGGCGUUAUUUCUCGUUACUACAAUGUAUUCAAAUUUUAAGGAAACUACGAUCGAGGGAUACAGGAUACCCGAAAGGACUGCCAUUGUAUCCAACCUGUACAGCAUCCACUUCGAUCCGAAACUCUUCCCGAAUCCUGACAAGUUCGAUCCCGGGAGAUUCCUCAACAGCGAGGGGAAGCGGAUCAAAGUGGAAGGAGGACCCUACCUGUUUGGAUUGGGAAAAAGAUCCUGCAUCGGAGAAUCAUUGGCACAAGUGGAAAUCUUUCUUCUGAUUGGUAGUUUGCUGCAAAGCUUCACUCUACCUUAUGCGGAAGACAUCGACAGCUUGCGAGUCGUACCAAGAGACUGAAUCCAAAUUUUGAAUGCAGCUUAGAAAUUUACAUACAUUCUUCAAUCGCACUAGGCUCGGAUUUUUUUUUCCUUCUCAGUAAUUUAAGUUUAAGUAAAUUACUGUAAAAUGAAUUUGGGAAAAUAAUUUUUUAAACUUGAAUUUUAAUUUUAAUAUUUAAUUUAUUAAAAAUAUACAAUUCUCUUUAAUUUUAUUUAAUGAAUCAAUUAUCUAUAGUCAAUUAACCUUUUCAUGUACUCUCAAAAUGAAUGACUUGCUUCAUUAUACAAGAUUUUUUUUAUAAGAUCUAGAAAAAAAAUGUCGCGAAUAAUGUAUUUCAUUAUUAAGUAUGGCAUUAUAAUUCUGAAUUAAUUUUACAAACACAAAACUGUAAAUGAUACCCAUGUAAGAUUUAAAUACCAAUGUUUAGUAUCCAUUGUAAAGUUAAAAUACAGAUGUAUAUAAUGUGAUAUUUGCUGUUCGAUUGACAUUUAUGUGUUCUUGUUUUUGUAUUGAUAAGCUUGCCUCACGAAAGGGUAAGUCAAAAUUUGUUUUUCUACUAGAGAAAUAGUUUGCUUCUAUCAUUUCAUUUAUUCCUAAAAUUCAAAAUAUCAUUUUAAGUGAAAUUUUACCUUUUGAAUGAAAAAUAAAGUGAGCUGUUCC